AUGGCGCAGGUGCGACCUCCAGCGCCGGGGCGCAGUGCAUCGGCCCAUGGGUUUGAAAGCAAGCUCAGUCAACAAUUAGCUCAGCCUCACCAAACCGAUCUAGAACACCAACUUGAACCCUCGCGCUCUCCCAAGUCGCGUUCGUUAUCUGAUGUGUCCAGACCUACACCCACUCAACCAUCCACUGGUGAUCUUAGUCGCCCAAGCAAAGACGAUAAUGCAAUACCUGCCCUUCCUGCAACACCUCGAAGAUCAAGUGUAGCUCAUUCGAGCCUAUCGCUAAACUUGCCUUCCAAACCCGCCGUGUCGCCAUCACUUACAAACCGCGCCCCUCUCUCUCCUAAACUUGACCCAUCACAUAUCUACGGAUCUCCAGGGUCUGUCCUCCCUCGACGGUCUCGGGGCCUUGACUUCUCACGCGCAUGUACGAACCUCCACCAUUCCACCCUAGCCGAGUCGUCCCCGGAUUCGUCCCCCACCGUUGGAGGGCGAGGCAUGGCAAUACCCCAGCGACGUGGAUCACUUGGAGCGGCAUUCGUCCCACCUUUUUCAACCUCAGGUCCGGGCGACCGUACAACAAUCUCAAGCUCGAUGUCAAGUGUGAAUAUGAUGGAGUCGGAUACAAGUAGUAGCGAGGAAGAUGAAUCAAUGGCUGAUCGCGAUGACAUUAUGCUCAAUACGCCGCAGGCGACUCGCAUAAGUGCACCGAGUCCGUUUGCUAGCAAUAUUCAGAGCCCGGGCAACGAGUGGAUUGGAGGAUAUUCACAAGCCGCUGCUAGCUUGAUGAGUUUCCAACGCGCGCGCUUUCGCAAAGGCCGUAGUCGCCACAGCUCUAGCAGUGCGAGUGGAAACAGUUCCAAGCAUAGUCCUGCCCCUCACUCCCCACCCAUCAUGAAGAGUGUCGAGCACUCCAGUGGAGGUUAUUUUGCCCCGCGGCAGACUGCGCAUUCACGCAGAGAGAGUCUUAGUUUUGGCGCACGCGAUCUGCGUUUGUCCGAUAUGAGCGACGAUGGCGAGAGUCGCGCGACGCGAAGCGGAAGUCCAAUUCCCAUCCCACAUCCGGAAGGUGGCGGUCCACUGGGAGUAAUCCGUCGCGCAGUGACGCGACGUGGGAGCUUACUUCCCAAAACCAAGACAUUUGCGCGCAUUCGCGCCGCUCUGAUGGAGGAGGGUGCUCCAAUUGACAGCGAUAUGAAACGAGAAGCAGAAGUGGUCCGGCAGGUCCGCGACACCGAACCUGAAUCAACCCCGGCACUCGGCGGGUUCCCAUCGUUGCAGCCCUCGACCUCGCUUGAUUCGACGCCGUCAGAAGAUCCCGCAGUCAAAGCGGGAAUGGACACAGCAUCUACGGAUACUUUUGGUAAACAAGCUAGUCGUAACUCGGGCGGCGUCGCAUUUUGGAACUCGUUCGAUGGACGUUACCGAACCCCACCCCCGGCUCGCCAGGAAGGUCCCGCAUCUUUGGCAGAUGAGGAUAUGUUCAUGGAUAUGACUCCGUCUACGACCAUCGGCUCUGUUACUACGGAGUCUUUCAAGCAGCGUUCCCGCUCUUCCACCCCCCAUGCCCCGGGCAUGCCAAGUAUUGGGGAGAUCUGUCGGAAGCGGCGUCGUGAUGAUGACUUCGAUCCUAAUCUUUUCAAGCGUCGGGCUGUUUCGCCCAGCGUGAGUGUUCAGAGCAGUCCAGUAAUGACUCACUCCCACAAUGUCAGUGAUAUGGGCCCAAAUAUCUGGGGUCCGCCGCCAAAACCGGGCCUCGGUGCCCCGUUUUCUGAACGACUCAGUUCUGAAACGAGCAAUCGAACGAUCUCUCAUGCUGGAGGUGGGAAACGCGUCGGUCUGCAAGGGAUGACCGAAGCCAGCGAUGGCUUUAUGAAUAUGAGCAUUGAUUGA